AUGGGUAAUGCUUCUUCGAAGAUUACAGUCGACGGGAUUGGUCCCUCGUCUGGUGCCGCAUCUGCCGAUUAUUCCCAACGCCAUGUCAAGGGUUACCCCGGCCUUGCACAUCUCAUGGCCGUCGACCCACAUGCCUUUCAUGUCCGGGGAUAUCAUACCUCAUCAGUUCGUAAUAUUCUCUAUCUUCAAGCCGAGCUUGGAGAGUUGGAAGAAAAGCUUUUGCAAGCCGAAGUUAAAGAUAGCCGAAGCCCCGAAGGUGAUGAGUAUUCGAAGAAAUGGCAUCGUUUGAGGGACUCAUCGGGAAAACAAAUUGAGGCUUGGAACGAAUUGAUGCAGGUAUUGCCAAAAUAUCAAAAAGCUAUCCUUAGGCAUCGUGAAUUAUACCCAGAUGGAGUUAAUAAGUUCCACCUCGGCAUAGUUCAAAGCGCUCUCGAUAAUCGCGAAAUCCAGGGCAGGUCCUCCCUUCUUGGGGACGACGCUCGCAACUGGGGCUCUACCCUCAACCCUUCUGGGCAUGCGCAGGACCUCCUUGCUGUAAUCCCGGAGCCGAUCGAGAGCUACUUCGUGACGUUACUCAAGGAGACGCUCGUGCCGAUAUUCUUUCACAGAUUCCACUUCCGAUACAAGACUCCCAGCCGACACGGGAUGCGUCUGUGUCUUCUUUGGAGAUCGAAUCUUUAUCGCUACGAUCAGCACAGCUACUCCCGUUCUUCCGGCCGUCAUCAAGGCUCCUGAGAGAGAUUGAGGUCACCGUUCAGCCUUGCAUGGGGCUCACACCGUUGCUCUGCCAACCUUUCCGUUCCGUCUUCCCCGAAAGCCAAAGCUUCGACCCUCACACCUGCGGAACCAGGGUCGGACGCUUAGACCAUGGUCUUCUGGCUCCAAUUUUAUUAAGGCAGACAAGGCACCAACAUCCACGGUAGAAGGACCGCUCUCAGAUCCGCCUCUCCUUUUCCAAUGCUUUCGUCAAAUACCGAGCCUCUCGAAGCCCUUCGCGUGUGGAUGCAUCUUGCUCGGAACUUACUUGUACUGCAUAAGAAUACUCGAUCCUGAGAACUUCCUCGUGCUCUACGCGAUCGAGAUACACCCCGAAAUGCGACCCAUCGCUCGCCCUCGUCGGCAAGUGGAGAG